AUGAGCGACCAGCAAUUAAAUAAAGAAGCUCUGCAACUACCAGGUAGCACAGUUUGGUGCCAAACACAGACCGAACUUCUUCAACUAAAGUUUGAGUGGACCUUUCAACAGUUUGCGAUUCUCAAAUCUUUUGAAAACUGGGGUUCCAGUUAUUCUUCAGCCAAAUUUUUUCAUGAAAAAAACCCUGAAUCAAAAUGGACUCUGUUCUUGUUUGACCAGGGUGCCAAUAUGAUGGUGAAUCUGCAUAGUUCUUUUCCCAACAAUCCAUUACGUAAUCCCGUCCGAGUGACGAUUUCGAUUUCGAAUAAAAAACGGGAAAAGAUUUUCAGCCAACAGCACGGUUUACCUCAAUAUACAAAUCUCCCGUAUCAAGUAUUUCAGCUGGAGAAAAAAAUCUUGAUGGAAUCUGGGUGUUUUGUGAAUGGGAAUCUCACCAUCAACUGUGUGAUCGAAAGUUUAAUUCAAAUAAUUCCUGAAACACUAUCAAAGAAGUUGUCCAUAGAGGCCGACGAUUUGGAUGAGAAACUAUUCAGCAACAGCGAUCGACUAGUAGCUGCCGAACUGAAAGAACUCUUUGAAACUAUGAAAUUUUCCGACAUCGUCUUUAACGUCCGUGGACGUCAGUUUCAAGCCCACAAGAACAUUUUGGUCGCAAGAAGUAAAUAUUUUGACGCGAUGUUUGAGCACCCGACAAAAGAAAAUUUAACGAACCAAAUCGAAGUUGAAGAUGUGGAGCCGGCCGUGUUUAGUGAAAUCCUCCGCUUUCUGUACACUGGUCGUCUGUCGGAGUCGACGAUGGGGAAGAUGUCCGCUGGAAUACUUGCAGCCGCAGAUAAAUAUCUGUUGGAACAGUUAAAAAUGGAAUGUGAGACUCAAUUAAUUCAUCGCAUGUCGGCAGAAAAUUGCCUGGAAUUGCUUUUGAUCACCGACGAACACCACCCAGCGUUUCAUUUGAGGAAGUACGCGGUCGAAUUCUUUCGUCAAUUUUCAGGCGAAGUAACGGCGACGGACGAAUGGGAAAAGGCCAAACAACAAGAUCUCGAACAGUUUAACAGUAUGCUGAUGUACCUUGUCAAAUCCCUUGUUUAG